CUUUGAACAGGUUAUGGGCCCAGUCAACGUGAGGACUGCAUGUAGGAGACUAGCCUCGAUUCCAGGCUGAUCCGUCUCCAAUUGAACGCUAGGUCAGCAUAUUUUUCAACUUCGUUCUAUUAAAAAAAAAUCGGCCUGGGACCGUAUGUGACUUUCAUAAAUGCGACCAUUAUCAACUCAACCUUCAAAUGAAGCAAGAGAUGAAGAUCAUUUCACUUGCUGUUCGACUGGUUUGUGGGAUUUUUGCUGGGCUGUCCCUUGUCUACAUGAGUGUGUUUGUGCUGGAUAUCAAGUUGCUCUUAUCACUGGCACCCAAAGAUUACCACAAUCUCAUCUACCAGCUAUUGGGCGUCAACCACAAGCCAGAAUGGAACAGACUGACGCUCCCUUUCCUGAGCUCUGCUCCAGCCAUCAAUAACACACUACUAGCAGGUCUGUUCGGACUUCAACACAGUUCGAUGCUGAGAGGACCACUGAAGAAACUGUUGACGUUUGUUUUGCCUGAAUCCUACCAUAGGUCGGUGUACGUGUUCGCCAGUGCAUCAUGCUUGUACAUUAUGUACAUUUGUUGGAUUCCUAUGACGGAAGUAAUAUGGGACAUUGUCAAUCCUUGGUUAAGGCUUGUUGUGUUUGGUUUGAUGUUAUUUUCAGUCUGUGGUGUUACAACAGCUCUACUAAAUCUCAACCCGAUUCAGAUGCUAGGAAUAGCGAAAAGACCAGAAGCAGCACCAACUAGAUUAGUGUUGUCUGGUCUUUAUGGUUUUGUGCGACACCCCAUCUAUACAUUCUCGUUGUUGUUGCUAUGGGUUACCCCACGUUUGACCCUGGGCCACCUAUUACUGGCUACCAUGUUCACUUUGUAUGUUGUCUACGCAGUCGCUGUUUUUGAAGAACCUGAUUUGGUGAAGGAGUUUGGAUCAGACUAUGAAAAGUACAUGAAGACAACACCCAGAUUUGUGCCCAAGAUUCCAUGGUUCAAAAAACAGAAACGAGGAUAGACUAUAAACAAGAGUUCAUUAGGAAGAGUACGCUUGCUUAUAUACCCAUACCAUGAUAAUGUGCCAAUUUUGUUUGAUGAAGAAAUACACCAGA